CUCCCACUCAUCUCACAGCAUUUGCACUCAAGAAACACACGCAAGAAAGUGGAUGGGCCCUCUACCUACAUGGGGAUCGAAAACUGGGACCUAAGACACACACAUGAUGUAUGUGAUGUGAUGGCAUUGAUUGCAUGGAAGAGGCACAUGCACAUGCAGAGCCAGGCAGCCGUCUCUCUCUUUGUGGGGUGGGUGGUGGUCUGGUCUGUUCGUGACCUGAUUUGCAGGUCAUCCCAGCUGCCAGGCCACACCCCACACACAACCAACGAAGACUGGCACUCAUACACACGUGUGCGCAUCGAUCACACAGCCAGCCUUUUGAAAACAGACACAGCCACGCAGCCACGCACCCCCCAGCGCGCCAUGCAUAGUGCAUAAAGGGUGGGUGGAACAAUGCUGACCUGACCCCUCUUCGUUCAACAAACCACCGCACACACACAGACACAGACACAGACCCAGACCCGGACACGGACACACAGACCUGCAUACGUAUACGUCACACGACGGCCCUCGACGAGACGCUUCGUGGUAUCUCUUGCUCCUCAAGCAGUGCGAGCAGUGUGGUGCCAGGGCCGUCCCUCGACUUGCGCUUGUUGAGGACGGGGCUGCUGGCCCCGCCAGGCGGCAGGACGACCUGUGUGGACGCUAUGUGUGUGUGGGCGGUGAUCUCAAAUAGACAGCUGUCGCCGUCAAACUCCAACUUGAUCGGCAGACCACAGUUGAGCAGCGCCUGCACAUGCAACACAUACAUAUUCACAGGCACACACAUGUCUACAGCCAACGUGUUAUGUGUGUGUACCUUCCCGCUGAUUUCGAUGGUAGGCUUGCCGAACUGGUAGACGGGCCGGUGGGGGUCCUCCGCAAACUGAACAGACGUUAUGCGCCUGGCAUACAGACACACAAAGGACAAAGGACAAAGGACAAAGGACAAAGCAAACAAAGUGCCUCUCCACCCGCCCCUAUUCAGACACGUGUGCACGCCCCACCCACCCAUCUACCUGAUGGUGGUGGGCACCAGCUCACUGACGGUAUACUUCUCAUCAGGGUCAAGACCACGCAACUAAAGGACACACACACACACACACACACACUCUGUGUCUGGGAAGGGCGUGUGUGAGGGGGCUCGCUUCACUCACUCACCCUGAGGCGUGGUAGGUAUCGUCCCGGGCUCUUCUUGAAGGAUAUGAAUGCGAAGACGAGUGCCUUGAGUCGGUCGGGGGUCACAAACAUCCACGCAGCCACACUGCUGGAGCUGUCGAAGGGGUUCCACAGCCGAUAGAAAUCUAUGGAGACCACAGAUGACAUGACACAGAGAGAGACACAUGACUUGACAUGUGCGGGCCCGGCCGCUGGCUGACGUACCUCCCUGGAAGAUGAUGGGCGCCAGCCUGGUCCUCAGCCGAUUCAUCGCCUUCAACUGCUCCUUCUGCCAUCCCAAACACACCACAUCACACACAUAGUCAUUAUGACACUCGCACAGCACAUGCCUUGUGCGUGCGUCGAUCCAUCCAUGGGAUGCGAUGCGAUCACAACUGACUGACCUCUACGGCACUGAUCUCUUUGGUGAGGUCGAGCUCGUACCCAAACGUGCCACACAAGGCAACCACAAAGCGGGUCUUGAGCGGCGUGUGACGAAACGUCUGGAGAGACAGACCAACACACAGAGCACACACACGCAUUCGGCCUCUCUCUCUCUUUAUCUCUCUCCCUGUCCGCUUUCAGGUGAGUGUUACAUUAGUUACCUGGUGGUUUGGCACGGUGGACACGUGUGAGCCGAUGGCUGAUAUGGGGUAAGCAAGGCUGGUGCCGUACUGGAUGCGGAUGCGCGAGAGUGCGUCGGUGUUGUCGCUGCACCAUAUCUGCGGGGAGUACUUGAGCAUCGCCACGUCGAACCGACCACCACCACCCGCACAGUUCUCGAUGAUGACGUGGGGGAACCGUGCACGCAGCAUCCGGAACACCUCAUACACGCCCAACACAUACCGGUGAAACACCUCACCCUGACAGAACAGAUAGAUCCAUGCAUUCAUUGACAGACAGACAGACCCCACACACGCAUUGUGUGUGGGUGGGGGUGGGUGGUAGGGUACCUACCUGUUUGGCGGGUGAAAGCUGCCUUGAGUAGACUUCGGUGAGGUGUCUGUUGCAGUCCCACUUGACGUACUCGAUGUUGGCGCUCAUCAGUAUCGCCUCCAGCUUCCGAUAGAUAUAGUCACGAACCUACCCACCCACACACACACACCACACACACAGAUGGGUGUGUGUGAGCGGGUGGAUGGCGCUGUGCUGUGCUGCCCCAAGCGUACGUACGUCUUUGCGCGUGAAGUCGAGCACGAGUUGGUUCCUCCCCUCUGACCGCGACUUGCCGGCCUGCCCCAGUGCCCACUCAGGUUUGGCCUCGUACAGUUUGCUCUGCACCGAUAUCAUCUCGGGCUCCACCCAGAUGCCGAACUUGAGACCCAAACCAUUCACCUCGUCCACCAACGCCUUCAGACCUAUGUAACACAAACCGACAAAGAGAGAAAGAGAGAGCAUUGAUGCGUCGGUUAUGUGUGGGUGGCGGACCUUUUGGGAGUUUCCUGAAGUCGACAUCCCAGUCGCCGAGUGAGGUGUACUCGUCGUCACGCCUGCCGAACCAGCCGUCGUCGACCACUAGCAGCUCCACGCCAAUCCUGACACACACACACACACACACACAUGGAUAUCUUCCAGUGUGGUGGUGUGUGGUGUGGUGUGGGUCUCACUGACUCUUUGGCUUCUUUGGCGAUCUGCAUGAUGUUGUCGUGCGUCUGCUGGAAGUAAAAGGCCUCCCUGUGUGACCGACCGAUGCAUCAUUCAUUCAGACACACACCUUGUGUCUGUCUGUCUUUCUGUCUGUAUGUGUGUGUGUGUGUGUGUGUUGUGUGUUGUGUGUGGCUGACCAUGUGUUGAGCAGUAUCGGGCAGACCCAGUUGCCCCUGAACUCCUGAGGGAUGACAUGUGUCCGAAUCAGCUUGUGCAGCUGCUGGCUCAUGUACGUCAGACCUACACAGAACAACACAACACCACACCACACCACACAAUCAGACACACAACACAACAUCCAUCCCAUUCAAUCUGUCCUGUCUCUGGUUGCCUGACCGUCGCUGGAGUAGGCCAUGAUGCAUUCAGGCGACUCGAGUGAGCCGCCGGACGCCAGUGACCAUGAGAAAUGGUCAGGGUUGAUGCCGAUGUUCAACCGCACCCUCCCCGUCUCGGUCUUCUCGACCUCUAUGCGGUGGUUGCCGCUGUACAUGAGGGCAAACCCAUAGACCUCGCCCCUGUCCUCUUCGGGCGGCGUGUCGCCCCUCGCUAUGACGGCGAACGGGUUGUGCUGGUGGCUCGACGUCCCCCGACGGCUGUCCACACCUCGGUAGCCCUCCACUAUCGGCUGAACAGUCACCUGCCUGAUACACACACACAGAGAAAGAGAGAGAGAGAGAGUGCGUGUGUCUUUGCCCGGCUGUGUGUCUGGUAUAGACACCUUUCGGCAGCCCAUUCCCCUGGGAGGUGCAGGAAGUGGUAUGCGUCUGACUCGAAGUCGACGGUGGCUGAGGCAAGUUUGAGCACCGUCACGCCGCCCGCACCACGGGGGGCCUUGUUGCGGAUAACGGUGCGGCGAACGAUGAUGUCGAAGUCCUGUCAGACAGAUGAUGGAUGGACCAUGAAUCGAUGCAUGGGCUGUGUUGUGUCUGUGGCGUGGGGCUGGAUUUGUGUUUCACCCACCCACUCACGCACUCACCUCAUACACUGUGUAGUGCAAAUCGACCUCGAGGUCAGUGAACGGGUCAGCCAGGGUCACGAUCAGCGUCGCCGCAUCCGUCUACACACACAUACACACGCCCCUCCAUCCAUCCAUCCAUCAGCGAACGGUCGCAUCUACCUACCUGCACGGAGAAUUCGUCUCCGACGAUGGGCAUUCCGCAUCCCAUGGGCACCACCCCCAGCAUCACACGGUGGGUCUUGUACAGCAUGGGCGAUAUGUGGCUCCCGUCAGCAUACAUGACCCGAAAACUGGGAAUGCGGUAAUCACCCGUACCUGCACACACACACACACACACACACACGCAGACACACACACACAGAGAGAGAGAGAGAGAGUCCCUGUGUGUCUGUGUCGGCCAGCCCAGGAGGAAUCACCAACCAUAAUCGGAAAACUCGAGCAACUUGGUGUUGCGUCCGACCCUCUCCAGCCCAGGAGGAAUCCGCGACAUGGAGGUCUGUUCCUCCCCCUGCUGCUUGACCGCCCCCGGCUCCCUGACCUCCCAGGCGUCCUUCUUGGCCGAGGCCGCCUUGAGCCGCGUGUCGGCGAUGUCGUUCAUGAGCUUGGCCACCGCCUCCUCAAAGAGCAAGGCGCGCUCGUCCUCUGUCAUGGGGAUGAAGGCCGUGGUGUUCAUCUGGGGCCCCUCGCCCUCGGCCAUCUCCCGCUCCCUUAGCAACCGCCGCUGCUUCAUCGCCAGCAGACGCCAACAGGCGUUCUCAAGACGGCUGAAUGAAUGAGUGAACGACAUACAUGGGGUGGACAGACAGAUAUCGGUGGAUGGAUCGGUGGAUGGAUGGUGUGCCGAGUCUGUGUGUCUGUGUGUCUGUGUGUGUGUGCGUGCGCGUGUGUAGGUACCUGGCUUCUUCAUUGUAGUGGUGCCUCUGCAUCAUGGUGGCGGCCUUCCAUGUGUUCCGGUUGCUGUCGCGCGAUUGACGCUGUGCAACAGACAGACAGACAGACAGACAGACAGGUACUCAUCCCUGGCUGUACAGUGCACUGACUGCAUCUGGGUGGGUGCGGUGACCGCACCUUGAGUAUGUCGGACACGACGAAUAUGUGCGGUUUGAAGGUCUCUGCCUUCUCCGGGAUGGGGUCGAAGGGCAGCGAUAUGUUGGUGUGCCGCAGGAAAUCCAAAUCAUCGUCGGGCUGCAGACGCACACCCCAAUACAGAUGCUCCAGCCACCUGCACCAACCGAUGAAUGCAUCACACACGCACACACACACGAGGCCACACACGAGUCCACGAUUUCGUGUGCAUGGUGUGGUGUUUGUCAUUGUGCACCCGUGUUCGUCGACUCUGAAUGAGUACUGGCAAGUGCGGCAGAGGAGGUCAAACCGCCGCUGCUGCGCAUUGAAAUGCACCGAACGAAACGACUGAAGCUGCGAACGACCCGGCCUGCAACCAACCAACCAAUCAACCAAUCAAUGAGCCAAUGAACCAAUCAAUUGAUGACACACACAGUCGGCGCAGCAAAGCGCAGCGCACAUCCACACGCGAAUGCAUCUUCUGACUGCUUAUGUGCACGGGUGUGUGUGAGAUGCAUGACUUGACUCACUGACCCGAGAGAACUGAAGCUGUUGCUUCUGUAUAAGGAGUUCGCAUUAUCGCCGCGAUGACCCAUCACGACAACAAAACAGCUCAGAUCUUGG